AUGUCCUACUACAGUCCUCCUAACAUCUUCAGACAACCGGCAGUCAGAGUAAGAAAGGAGCAUCAGAGCCCUCAAACCCCAUCAUUGGAUACACAUAGCCGUUCCUGGCAAAAUAAUACCACAAGGCUCAGUUCACCACUUUUGAGAAAAGUUUCCGAAGACAUGAACGAUUAUUAUACCACGAAACAGCUGCGUAGCGAAUUCUGGACUUUACCGCAUCGGGAACAGAGCUGCACCGCGACCUUCCCAAAUUCGCUAUCCUGCCUCGACGACGUGGUGCUGACCUCUUCUAUGGCGCCGUCUGAUAACCUACAACUGUUCAGACUCAAUGUUCAAGACCACGAAACAGCCCAGCUAGCUGAGUUACAGUCCAUUACGGUGCCUGGAGCACCUGUCACCACUUCGUGUCUAUUUCCACAAACUUUCAGUAGUUUCAAACAGCCCACGGACCAUGAUCGAUUACUAUGCUCCGGCCAUCAAGACGGGGUUGUGAAUUUGAUAUCCACAUCCGAGGCGGAAGGUGGUGCUAAAAUUAUCAAAAGAUUCAACCACGCCAAAUACUUGAAGUCUACACAGACAGACAAUUUGGACUCACUUCUUCAAAGCAAAAGAGCAUCCCCUAUCAGACAGAUCAAUGCAUGGAAUACUAAUGGAUUUAUUUCCAUUGUCAAUGAGUCCUUAUUCAUUUAUGAUUUAAACCAACACCGAUUACCCUUAUACUUACAGAGCUUCACAGGUCUAGAGGCUGUAGAAGCAAAUCCCGAUAAUCCCAACUUACUCGCGCUCGUGGGAUCGCGUUUAGGACCAAGCGGCCUUUCCUUACUGGAUUUAAGAUGCGUUGGUGGACAUGGGACCCUCUACAGCCCCGACACAAGUGGUUCUAGCGAUACUAAUGUUUCGACCGCGUGCUGUUGGCUCAACGAGUACACAAUUGCAAAUGCAGUCAAAGACUGCGUCAAAAUUUGGGAUAUAAGAUUCCCUGGAUCCAAGUGCACUGUAAAAGGACACAAAGGUUCUGUCAAGGCGCUUAAAUUUCAUAAGGAGUCUCAAAGGCUUUUCACUUCCGAUGAUGAAAAUUAUACCUUGGCAUGGGACAUGGAAAAUCUGGACAACGUCUCAGAGUGUCAUUUGGCCAAUGGAUUUCAAAGUAUCUGCGAAGAAAAUGUGUCUCAAGUGAAGCAAUGCGGUAACAUCAUUUCGUCGCCCAAUUCUACGCCCAAUUCCCCAUCUUCGCAAACGUCACAAUCUGGUGUAUCUGGGUUUACAUUAUUAGAACUUUGUCGCGAAGGUUCAUUGUUGACAUUGGACUCGAAGGAACUGGGAUUGCAUUCGAUUCGAGAUGUCGAAAAACCAUUUGUGCCAUCAAAGAGUGCCCUCCGAUACCAAGCACCUGUGGAGAAGAACACAAAUGUGGAGUCAGAUAGCACUAUGAACCAAGAAUCUCUGCUCUCAAGCUGGGAUAACACAUCGGAAGGUACCAUAGACAAUGAUGAUUUCAGUACCCCAAUCAAAAAUCAGCAACUUAGUCCCAUCAGAAUCCAAGAUUACCAUACCCACAAAGUUCAGAACCCCAGCAUCUAUUCUCUAAAAGAAUUUGAAUUGAGCGGUUCAACCAUAUAUAACGAGCAUAUAAUACAUGAGGAGAUCCUCGUGUAA